AUGUUCAAUUUCACUGGGUCGACCAAUCGUAGAAAUGUCAACCUCGGAGAGCGCAGAAGAAGCCGCGGCGGCUCUUUUUUGCAACAGACCCAUCGCGAGCAACAGAAACGUGAAGAACUGCGGCUGAAAGAGCGUGCUUCGGCCGUUAUUCAGGGAUAUGUGAGGCAGUUUCUUGCACUUCGGCAAAUCGGCAACGGAAUGGUCCGAGAAUGGAACGAAAUGGCAGGAGCCGAUGUCAAUUGGCUGCGGUGGUGCUCAAUGUUUGCGUUUAUUGCAAAAAAUGCAGACAAAGAGGUCGUGGAGAAGCUUUUUCCUCGAUUCACUGCCGGAAUCGAACACCUGCAAAACCAGCUAGAUGGCUAUAGUGUGGCUGUUCUGGCCCGGGCUAUACGUGAUGCUUUUCAACGUCACAUUGAUCCUGUAGUGCUCUUGCGGUGUCUAGCGACACUUCUAGAUCGAUACACACUCCCUACAGAAUACACCAAGGCGGUUGCGGGUCUUUCCAAGAGUGUUACUGCUUGUAUGGAUCCGGAAAACUAUCGCGAUGUGGUCCGGUUGAUUUUCAAGAUCAAUGCAGUUGAAUCCCCGCUGGAAUUCCCUCUCUUUUUAGCAUCUAUACCGCCAGAAUAUGUAUUCAGUGAACCUUCCAUGGUCCAUUUGGCCAGGGAGUGCCUCAGCACAUCGAAGGCCAUAACCGAAAUAGUACAAUUGAGCGCUGAGCAGAAAAUCUCGCUCGUGGCAAACAUAGUCCGGAUUCUCGGUGCCUCUUUUGUGGCCGAUGAUUGCAGACCCUUGGGUUUGAUCUUGGCUCAAAUGGACUUCACAAUCCGCUUCGCCGAAGAUACCAAAAAAGCUCUUAAACACGGGGACAAGCAAGAAUUCAGCGCGGGUGGAGCCAUGGCUACUUCCUUGCGUCUACUUGGUGAGAAUCCCCUUGUCUCUAAAGCCAUUGACCAGCUUCUGAUGAGAGAUCCAUCGCCGCUCUUACCCCAUGUCAUGCGAGUAUUUCCUGAUCUUAGGCUCAAGUUGUGUAUGGUAUGCACGAUACGUUCUGGCUUAUUGAGAUCUGUCUACGACCAGUUGACCUCUUGUCCUGAAUAUGCCGCAUUAUUCCAAUUUGAACUCGAUUCCAACAUAGCACUGUCCACAGGGAUAACAUUCUCGAAUGAUGAGAAUUUCACCAAUCUCCUCUUCUUUUACUGCAAUCUUCUUUCAUACUGGCUUACUGUAACGACUGAUACUGAGAGCUUCGACCCAUCAAGCUUCCUGGCUCAAGCCGCCGAAAAUUUCACGCGAUUUCUCAAGAUCGAGGUGCUUCUCUUGGUUUUGAGACUGAAUUUAUUCCCAUGGACACCCAGCACAAUUCUGCAACAACGAGAAAUAUCUAUAAUGGUACUCAAUCAGCUUUACAUGAAGAACCUCCGAGUCAAAUUUCUCCCUGAAAACUUCUGGAUUGUGAAGAACCUCGGCUUGAAUACAAAAACCAUGAUUGCCCUUUUGGAGGCCGAACAGAAACGUAUUGAGGAUGAAGAGGACCUACUGUCUGAUGAUGAGGGGGAAGCAAAGGAAAAUGCGAAGCCAAGCCUCAAAUUCAGGAAAAUUUCGCCUACAAAAACAGCGCCUGUGGUAGAGAUUCUAAAAACACUUCCAUUUUUUGUUAAUUUCACCGAGAGAGUGGAGGUUUUUCGAGGUCUUGUCGCCAAUGAAAAGGAAAGAAUCCAGCAGAAUCCAGAAAUGCCACUCUUCACACACGAUCCACAUUUCAAUAACUUGAGUGCUGAUAUACGCCGUGAGUUUCUACUUGAAGAUGCAUUCGAUGCAUUCCAUAACGUGGGAGAUAAGUUCAAGCAUCAGUUGAGAGUCACCUUUUUCAACGAAUUUGGCGUGGAGGCGGGCAUUGACGGAGGAGGAAUCACAAAAGAGUUUUUGACUGCCCUUGUUAUGAAUGCGUUCGAUCCUGAAAACGAAUUGGCUCUUUUCAAACAGACCGACCAAUACAAUCUAUACCCAAAUCCAGACAUCUACCUUAAGUUAAUCAAGUCAAUUGACAAGCAGGAACAGGCGAAGAGAUUGGCAUAUAUGCGGUUCAUGGGCAUGGCGAUUGGGAAAUGCUUGUUCGAGGGGAUUUUGAUCGAGUUUCGGUUCGCCCAUUUUUUCUUAUCCAAAUGGCGUAUAGCCCAAAGUGGGACCAAAAGCUCUGUUGAUGACUUGGCAUAUCUCGACGGCAAUUUUUCGCGAAACCUUAUGAAGCUCAUGGACAUGAGUGCUGAGCAAAUUUCGACUCUAGACCUCAACUUCGAGAUCGACGAGAAAAUCGAUGGAGAUGUGUACAAAUUCCCAUUGGGAACCCCGACGGAAGCUGAGCAAACAGUAACGGCUGGCAAUAGACUUCGGUACAUACACCAGGUGGCAAACUUCAAGCUCAAUCAGUGUAUCCAAGUCCAAACUGGUCAGUUUCUCAAAGGUCUCUUCCACCUAAUCAAGCCGAACUGGCUCAAUAUGUUCGACCCCUUUGAACUUCAGAUGCUUAUCAGUGGCACUAGCGACAUCAAUCUCCAAGAUUGGAAAGAGCACGUCAACUACGGAGGAUACUGGGAAACAGACCUCACCAUCCGGCUCUUCUGGGAGGUCGUGGAAGAAAUGAGCGCCGAGGAUCAACAAGCGCUAGUUAGAUUUGUCACCUCUGCAUCUAGAGCGCCGCUCUUGGGUUUUGCAGCUCUUGACCCCAAAUUCGGCAUUUCUCGAGUUCCAGACCACACACGUCUCCCCACCGCCUCCACCUGCGCCAAUCUCCUCAAAUUACCGCAAUACCAGCUGAAAUCCGAACUCCGCGAAAAAUUGCUCUAUUCAAUUCACGCCAAUAGUGGCUUCGACUUAUCUUAG